GGGAGUCUACAACGAUAUAUAUAUAUAUCUCGUAUCACUGGUUAGAGGUUAAUUGAUGAUGUCUAAUUCACGUGAUGGUAACUCACUGACACAAGGAAACACAUUCAGAAAAUGGCUACUGCAAUGUAUCUUGAACAUUACCUCGACAGUCUUGAAUCUUUACCUAUAGAACUCCAAAGAAACUUCACUCUCAUGAGAGAUCUUGAUCAACGUGUACAAGACACAAUGAAAGAAAUUGAAAAAAUAGCCGAAAUCUUUUUGCGAAAUGUCAGGACUAUGAACAAAGAUCGUCGGCUUGCACAUUUAGAUUCCAUCAAUUUAAGGUACAAUAAAAGCCUUGGAUUUGGUGAUGAUAAAGUCCAACUAGCUAUGCAAACUUAUGAAAUGGUUGAUAAGCAUAUACGUAAAUUGGAUGCUGAUUUAGCACGAUUCGAAGCAGAUUUGAAAGAAAAGAGCAUUACAAAACCAAAAGAAGGUCCAACUAUCAAAGUAAAAGAUAAAAAGAAGAGGAAAUCUCUGAAGACAGAAUAUGAAGAUGAGAUUCCUAAAAAGAAGAAAAAUAAGAAAUCCUCACUACAAAUUCAGCCUGACAUGGAGAAUAGUUUGCCAUCAUUACCACUCUCUAUCACUCAUCCAUCAGAUGUUCUUGAUAUGCCUGUAGAUCCUAAUGAACCAACAUACUGUCUUUGUCAUCAAGUAUCAUAUGGUGAAAUGAUUGGCUGUGAUAAUCCUGAUUGCCCUAUAGAAUGGUUUCAUUUUGCUUGUGUUGGGCUUACAACAAAACCAAAAGGAAAAUGGUACUGUCCACGCUGUCAAGAGGAACGAAAGAAAAAAUGAAAAUAGAAAAAAAGUAAAAAAAACAUCCAUAUAUUCUGUGUGAAUUGUUGUUCACUCAUAUGCGUGUGGCUUUGUUUUUAUAUGUAUUUCAGAAAAAUCAGACAUUCAUGCAGUUACAUCUUCGUUUAAUGUCCGCUUUCCAUGCUAGCAUGGGUUGGAUGAUUUGACUGAGUACUGGUGAAACCAGAUGGCUACACCAGGCUCCAAUCUGAUUUGGCAGAGUUUCUACAGAUGGAUGCUCUUCCUAACGCCAACCACUGUGUAUUUAUUUUCCUUUUGUGAUAUCGGUUCUUUCAGUUAUACUUUAGUUAUUCACAAAACUCCUGAAUUAUGACUUAACCCUUUUGCAUUCAAAUUAUUUUGUCACGUUAUGUCUAUUUAUUCAUGCAUUAUCUUGUAAUUUUAAAAUAAAAAAUGAUGUAACUGCUUAUUUUUAGGACAUUGUAUGGUAGGUGUAUCUAGCUAGUUUGAAAAUAAUGAAACAGGAUAUUUUGGCUAGAUAUGGCCGGUUUGAAUACUAAAGGGUUAAUAGUUCCAGUCAGUGAGUUGUGGCCAUGCUGGGAUAUGUUUCAUUAGCAAAGAGCUGUCUUGUUUGUUUGUUUCUAUAUCAUCAUCAUCAUCAUCGUUUAACGUCCGCUUUCCAUGCUAGCAUGGGUUGGACGAUUUGACUGAGGACUGGUGAAACCGGAUGGCAACACCAGGCUCCAAUCUAAAUUUGGCAGAGUUUCUACAGCUGGAUGCCCUUCCUAACGCCAACCACUCAGAGUGUUGGUGGAUAUUUUUCUUACUACACUUUCUGAUUGAUACAAUUGAAACACUACAUGGUUGUGAAGAGAAUCCUUGAACUACACAGCCAUAUUUGCGCCCAUAUAUUUUGUUUUAGUUUAAUGUCCGUUAUUCCAUACUAGCAACAAUACCAUGCUAAAUAAAGUAUAUUUACUCUGAUACCAAACUGAGUGUAACCACCACCACCACAGGUCAUUCGUUAAAAUGUAUCUCUAUACACCAACAUAUUUGCAGUCAUCUUUGUAAUCACCGUGGAGCCCAUGUAUGUUGCCAUAACUACCAAGACUUAGCUAUAUAGUUUUUUUUUUUUUUUUUUUUUUUUUUCUUUACUAUAUCUGCUCCUCUUUAACUCAGAAUCACUUCUAGUAAAAUAGCUGUUCUUGAUUCUAAAUAGUUAUAGGAAUCACAUGUAAAAAAGAACAUUUACUGCAUCUUUAUUCAUUUACUUGUUUGUCAUUUGACUGCAGCUGUGCUGAGUGCUGCCUUGAAGGGUUUUGGUCAAAUUGACCCCAGGUCUCAGAUUUUUAAAGUUAAGUACUUAUUCUAUUGGUCUUCUUAUCCCUAAGUUGUAGGGACAUAAACACACACACACAUAGACAUAUAUAUAUAUAUGACAAACUUCUUUCAGUUUCUGUCUUCCAAAAUCCACUCAAGGCUUUGGUUGGUCUGAGGCUAUAGAAGACACUUGCCCAAGGUGCCAUGCAGUGGUCCUGAACCUGGAACCAUGUGGUUGGGAAGCAAGCUGCUUACCACAUAGCGAUGUCUGCGCCUAUAUAAAUACCUAUUGAAAUAUUACAGUAAGAUUUUGAUUGAUAAUUUAUAGUAAUUGAGUUGUUGCAAGUUUGUAACCAGUUGGUUGCAUUUUCGUGGAUGUUUGCAGAAUGUUUUACUUGAAGAAUUUGUUUUGUUUUUCAGAAUUUAACAGUUGUUUCUCAGAAUUCUUUUAACUUUCUUAUCUUGAUUAUUGACAACUCCUUGAGGGAUUUGCAGAUGUAGGAUGUAUCAAUGAUUUUAAAUGAGACAUUUUGUAAAUAUUAGAUAUGGUGCUCUCUUUCCUUCUCUCUCUCUCUCUCUCUCUCUCUCUCUCUCUCUCUCUCUCUCUCUCUCUCUAUCACACUCCCAUCACUAUCAUACAAUUCAAGGUUAGGUGUUGUUUUAUGUAUUAAUUUGAAAACCAAUAUAAUUACCAUCUUCAAAUUCCAUUAAUUUCACUCAAUUCCAGCUUAUCUAUUUUGCUUCUGUCUUUUGUCACUGGUUCUAUAUUGCAUUAGAAAUUUCCUGGAAGCUGAAAUCUGUUUCAUUUGUCUGCCAUCUCUUCAGUACCACUUGCCAUAUAUGUAUGUGUAUUGCUUUAGUAUCCACUUUAACAUGCACGUAUGAGUCAAACGUAACUUAAGGCAGAUUCUCUUUGGCUGGAUGUUCUUCCUGUUUCCAACCCCCAUCUGUUACCAAACAGGUUAUUAUUUUUCUUAAUCUUUCCAACAAAAUAUACCUCGAUGGUCAGAUGCUUUUGCAGAUUUUAAAUAAAUGACACUGCAUGAACCGAAAUUGUUUCAGUGAACCAGCAUGCAGACACGGGAAAGACAUGAAUGUGUGUGUGUGUGUGUGAUAAGCAUGCUUAUUGUGGUUUCUGUCUACAGAUCUACUCACAAAAAGUUAGACAGCUUGUAUCUAUAGUUGAAGGCACCGACCAUCUGUGGCAAUGGACUCUAUAUAGUUCUGAAGUGGACUUCUUAAUCACAGAGCCACAUAUUUGUGUACAUGUUCACACACACGUGUAUUGUACCAAAUAUUUUAUGACAACAUGGUAGCUGGAGAUUUGGUUCCAUUGCAAGAAUGGGUUUUUUUUUUUUUUUUUUUUUUUUGGCUAAUGUUCUAUACUAUAGCUGUGGGUUGAGCAAUACGGGUGGUUUUGUAUGCUUGCAGGCAACUGAAAUAUGUCCAAGCAUCUUGAUACGUGAGUCAUGUAAACAAAGGAAUCAUUUAUCUUGCUUGGAAACAGCUGAUUGUUGGUAUCCAAUUGUAAAAAAAAAAAAAAAAUCUGCUUUAGUAAAUUCUGCCUGACUUAUUAUGCAAGCAUGUAAAAGUAAAUGUUGAAACUAUGUGUAAUUGUUUUUAUGUAUAAGUAUAUAUAGACAAAUAUAAAUUGCCAAAUAAUGCCAUACCUUUAGAUAGUCUCGUAUGUUUAUAUACAUGUUUGUAUCUCUAUAUACACAUUUAUAUACAAGGGGUUGCUGAAAAGUUCUUGGUUUUGGGUGAAAGAAAGUACCUGAAGACAAAUUAUUUUAUUCACCAUGUUCCCAUCUCAGAUUCUCACACUUAUUGCAACAGUCCUUCAGUUUUUCUAAGCCCUGUAAAUAGAACUCAUCCUUGUCCUCUCUGAUUGCAGAAGUCGGCCAUCCUGAUUGGGUCUCAUUUGUGGCCUCAAAAUGACCAGUCUGAGACCUUGACACCCAGGUUUUCACUGAGGAGUAAGAUGGGCAGCCAUCCUUCAAGACUUCCUUCAUCUUUCUAUGGAUUUCUGCUCCUCCUUUGCCUUGCAAAAAGAGGAACUUCAUAACUGCCCAUGCUUCAGUUUUACAAAAAUCCACUGUAAGAGCUGCCAUCAUGCAUUAAAUCUGCAAAAAAGAUAUAUUGUAUAUCAUGAUUUUUUUUGCAUGUCUUCUAAACAGUUGUCCUAUCUCUCCUGUAAAGAUAACUGCUCUACCAUUUUGCAAUGUCCUUAACCCUUUCGUUACCAUAUUUCUAACCAAAAUACACCCCUUAUGUGUUUCAAUUAAUUUCUAACAUAAUCAUAAAUUUAGUCUGGUUUCGUUAAACAACUCUAACUUUUUUUAUUUAUCAACAUAUUAAUGUGAUUUUUGGAAGAUAAUUUAACGAAAGGUUCUCAACCAAUUCUAUACCAAAAUUUUUGUCACAAAGUGACUCUAAUUACAGGUAAAUUCAACAAAAUAUAAUAUUAUUAAAAUUUUUGUUCAAACAUCGCUAUAGAAAAUGGGUUAUUAGCUGAUAUUCAAUUGGGUAUACAACAAAAUAUUAUUAUAGAAGAGUUGUGCACAUUACUGGAUUCAUUACUGUCUCUUUUGCCAGUAUAAAAUUAAAAUCCAGAGCAGUACCCAGUAUUUGAUUCACAAAUCUUCCAAACUUUGAUCCCCCAUUUUGUGGGCUUUCCUGGCAUAUACUGUCGAAAACGCACUCGGCCUUUAUAGCCCACCAUAUCCUCAUCACUUGAUAAAUGUCUCCCUGGUCUAUAAACUGUUUUAUAUGUGUUUUGAACACAGUCAAUGAGGGGUCUUAUUUUAAAUAAGGGAUCAAAGUCUGGUUAUCCACAUACUGGUGUACUACUUGUGUCUCUUACAUGUAGAUAUCGAGUCAAUUUUAAAAACCGUAUCCUCGUCAUUAUACUUGAGACAUAUUCGUCUCCAAUGAGUUCAUCACUACUCCAGUAAUUUCUUAUUCUAGGUAACUUUCUAAUGCCCAUACUAAUAUUUAUGGCAAAAUAUGCUUUAAUUUCAUUCAAGUUUGUGGGAAACCACAAACUAUCCUUUUUUACGGUUUGUUUCCGCCGUAAUCAAUUCAAAUAGGUACAUUGGAAAAAGCAAAAAGAAAUAGUCUAAAGCUUUGCUCUCCUGGGUAAGACUGUGACUUGGUCCAGUUUCUUUAGAAUAAUCACUGAAAGAAGGAGUUUUUAAAUUUUCACUCGAUUCAGGUACUAAUUCAUUCUCUUUAUUGCUAUCAUCGGAGCUCUCGGAUUUGUCAGGAUUACAAAUUUUGAAAACACAACAGGAACAAAUUUGGAAAAAAAUCUCCCAAAAUUCACAAAAUUAAAAAAACACAUCGAUCGUUGUACAAAACUAUAGCUGAACUGUUUACACAAAUAAUCACAUGUUUUCACAAAUGUACUAACGAGAUUUGCUCGGAUAUUCUCAUUUAAAUAUGAAUAGGUGAUUAUGGGCGGCUUGGUCACAUGAACCAAAAUUUUUUUUGGGCGGUUUGGUUACGAAAGGGUUAAAGCCAGGACCUUCUCGGCCCCCCCCCCCCACCUACAUUGUAUGUACAUACAUAUGUAUGAGAAAAGAACUUGGGCAUUGAUUUGGUACUCCUUUAUUCCAUCUGUUGUAUGUUUUAGUAUUCAGCAACACAUUACAUCACACCAGGCCUGCAUGGUGAGCAUUGUUGGGCAGGAAAUAAAAGAUCAACAGCAACCAAACACAUUGGAAGCUUGGGCGAGAAUGGGAGACUGAAAAAAAACCCAACUGACUAUAACCACAGGUUGGACUGGUGUUUGUGAGGGUAGAAUUUAGUCACUGAGCAAGGGGUGAAAGAUGGCAUACCAGCAAGAUAAUGAAGUGCAAUAAGUAGCUAGGAGCUAAUGUAAUUACUGUUGUAACCUCUGCACAAACUUGUGGUCAGUAACCCAGCCCACUUGUAAACAUACUUACACGCCACCAGCUCCAGUAGGGUCAACAAGUACUUUGUAAACACGUGCAUACACUCGUGUAUGUAUAUAGAUAUAUAUAUGUAUACGCACAUUGGUAUGCAUGAGCAGGUUCUUCAUAUUUCUAUAGCAUGAUAUAACUGAUAAUACAAAUCACAACAGCACCAAUAGUAAAUAGUGGUGAAUUGAUUUGACAGCAAUAAGAAACUGUAAAGGUGGCCACAAAGUGGAGGGUACUGAGAUGGAGAUGGAAGCCAGGCUACUGUGUGGUAAUGUCAUUUGCUUUUCCAACCCAUCUUAUUUGUCUUCUCCAUACUGCCACUGUUAAAUUUGGUUGCUGUUGGUCUUUUACAUCUUGUCUGACGAUAUAUUCAUCAUGCUGGCCCUCUAUUGUGAUGCCUUGCGUUGCUGAAUAUUGGAAUGCAUGCAACAGUGGCAAUAAAGGAUUUCCAAAUGAAUGGUGUUUUUUUUCCCUGUGCUCUUUGUAUUACAUCAAAACCUACCCUUGGAUACCGACAACCUAUUUGUAUAGCAACAGUGGGAGUUUAAUGCAAUUAACAUCAAAGCCAAAACCUAAAUGGUUGAAGUGUUGCACAUUGUGUGCAUCCAAGCAUGUGUUAGUGUGUGUUUUUAUGUAUAGUUAUUCUUUUGUUAUUUGUGCCUACGUACAAUUAUGCAAGCACUGGAACAACAAAUAUAUAUAUAAACAUUUCAACUUGUUUCACCCUUCUGUUCAGUAAUGUUAGUGGUCACAGUUCUGGUCUUGACUUCUUUUUUUUUUUUUUUAGACAUUUUGAAACCAUGCUCCUUAGGAUUCUUCAUUGUAUAUAUUUGUGUAGUGGGUAUUUUACUUUUCUUUUUCUAUUAUGCAUGGAGUUUGUAUGAGAGUAAUGCAUAUACUCAUAAAGAAUUUCAUAUGUACUCCCACCAUAUAUUUUUUAUCUGAUUUUUAAUCAAAGCCACCAGGUGUGAACUCUCAUCUUUCAUUGUGAUUUAUGUACAAAUAAAUAUAUUUUUCAUUA